ACUGAGGAGCAUUCGCAACGAACUACCAUGUCUGUGGCCUUAGUCUCAAACGCGUUUCUGGACGAGAAUUCAGCCAAAAUCAGGUCAAAGCCUGUGCCAUGGGAGGGAUACCAACGCGCCGGCUUGGUCACUUCGGAGGAGCUAGCACUCAUCAAGAAAGUGGAUAGACAACCAAGAGCAAAGACUGAAUCUCUCCUCGUUUCUGAUGGCAAAACAUAUGCACUGCUGUAUCUCCGUCUCCUCAAGAAACUCCGGAGGGUGGAUACCAUGCAAUGCAUCUUAGUUCUAAUAGCAGAUGCUCUCCUUGAUCACGACGAGCGCAUACCACUCUUCACAAGGGCCUCUCAAACCGAUCCAGAGCUUCCCUAUGUACCUUUAUUGCGCACGGAUGUUCAAGAUGAUUUUGUACAGCUCAAGUCUGCACAGAUCCUAACCAUGCUUCUAAGUUUUGAAGCUACCCAACUGCACCAUCAGUAUUUGCAGUCAUUCUUGAACAUUUUAUCCACCAUGAUACAAGAUAGCUCGUUCCACAAACGUGAUAUAGCUGUUCAAUGCCUCGAGGCUCUUUUAGCUCGUCCUGAAUAUCGCAAAGCUGUAUGGGGCAUUCCAGGUAUCAUAGACGGCUUGGUCGAUUCUAUUCGGAACAAACCUGGCCCACAGAUGAGCUAUCAAGUCGGGUUCUGUUUCUGGUUGUUAUCAUUCGAGAAGGAAGUAGCAGAACAAAUUAAUAAGAAAUACGAUAUUAUACCUUUGCUUAUUACAGUAGCGCAAGCGGCAGUGAAAGAGAAAGUGAUCCGGGUCAUCGUUGCCACUUUCCGAAAUUUCGUUACCAAAGCGCCAUCUGCGAACCUACCAGCAAUGCUCGUAGCACAGCUAUUACCUUUCAUCAAGAAUCUUUCUGGGAGAAAGUGGUCUGAUGAAGAUAUUCUUGAAGAUGUUCAAUUUGUGAAAGAUGAGCUUGAAACGAACUUCCAAACCUUGACAACUUAUGACGAGUAUACUUCGGAAUUAGCAUCUGGACAUCUUUCAUGGACUCCUGUUCAUGAAUCGGAAGAUUUCUGGAAGGAGAAUGCGGCUAAGCUGAAUGAUAAAGAUUACGAACAAUUAAGGAUAUUGAUCAGGUUGCUGGACGACUCAAAUGACCCACUUGUGCUCGCAGUAGCAGUGCACGAUAUUGGACGAUAUGUCAAACACUAUGACAGAGGGAAAAAGGUUGUCACAGAUCUGGGUGCCAAGACACGAGCAAUGGAUCUUAUGAGACAUUCCGACUCAGACGUCAGAUAUCACGCCCUUCUUUCAGUCCAGCUGUUAGUUAGCCAAUCUUGGAUCGCUGCUUGAGGGGAUUCCUUUUGUAAUACAGUGAUACCAUUCGGACUGUAUCGUCAUCAUAAUAAAUGAAGGACCUUCACACUAGACCUCCGAGAGUACGCAUAUACCCAUGAGAAAAUUCAUAUAAGACUAUCAACAACGCUCUAGUCAAGAAUUCACCCAUAUUUCAGCAAUAACUUCCAUUUCCUUCAAUAUCCGCUGAUCUACUCGUCCGUAUUCACCGUUGUAUUCGCGAUCAUCUCCUGCGAUCCUAUCGCCAACAAGUAAAACUCGCAACCCUCCCACACUCACAAACCCUGUUCGCAAGGGUAAAAAUGACAGCUGGAUCUCAGUCACAGCCUCGGCUCGAAUCAUCUCGUACUCUGCCUGAUCAAGCUCAUUUGCAGCAGGGAGAGUUGAGGAAUUAGAUAAAUAUAUUGGUUCGAGGGAAAUUGCAGAUGGACCAAGGAAUGUGGUGCCGGCCAGUUUUGUGGCCUUAUCUUCUCCCAAGCCUUCGAAGUAUGGAGGUGGGAGCGAUGGUGAAUCACCACUGCGGAGCUUUAAGGGAGAAUCUGAUACAAGUUUAUCUGUAAGGGCACUAGAAAGGCCAUGUAUGGGAGUGGUUAUUGUGGACGACGAUGACAUUCCAAGAGAUGAAAAUCGAGAGCUGAUUGUGGCUGUUGACGGAGGUACAUCUGGUAUAGCAGCAGCACGAGGGGGUUGGAGGUGUUGAACUACCAAAGACACAAUUCUGACCUUCUUGUCACGGUUUUUGGGGUUUGGGAGUGCGCCUGCCACGGCAAUUCUGA